GUGGGAGAGCGAGGGGUUGGAGAGAGAGCGGUUGGAGAGGGUAGUGGUAGGCAGGGGUCGUUUGACUUUGGUGUGCGUGAGGAAGGAAGCAGGAGCUGGGGUGACGGCAUCAGUGCUGGCUUCUUUGAAAGAGCAGGCUGGAACGCCGGAGGGGAUCGGGUAAAGAACCUAGGAGCAGGACUAGGAGGAGAGGCAGGUGGGACUACAGGCGAGGCUACAGCCGCCGCCGCCGCUGCUGCUACUGCUGCCGCUGCUGCUGCUGCUGCCGCUGCUGCUGUAGAAGCAAGUUUAAGGGAACAGUAUGGAGAUAGCAGCAUUUCUGCUUCUCUAACGCCUUCUGGAUGGAUGGUCUCUCCUGCAGCUUAUGACGCUCUUGGGGAUGCUCUUAACGAGUACGACGAGAGGAGUGUGAGUAUCGGCAGCAGAAUCAGCAGCUCUCAAGGGGGAGGGUCGGGGUUUCCCAUUUCGUGCCUGGGAGGGGGUUUUAGGAGGAGGGGAAGAGGAAGGGGAAGGGGAAGGGGGAGGGGAAGGGGAAGGGGGAGGGGAAGGGGAAGGGGGAGGGGAAGGGGGAGGGGAAGGGGAAGGGGAGGGGAGGGGAAGGGGAAGGGGAAGGGGGAGGGGGAGGACAAGGGGACGGGGAAGGGGAGGGGUGAGAGCAACGGAGAUCAGGAUAAGCAUGCAGUGCUUGCAGUUGGUGCUGCAAAAGCUACUGAGGGAGAUGCUCCUGCUUGUGAUGGUGGCAUUGCUGCUGCUGCUGAUUUCGGUUUAGGGAUGGAGGAUAGGGAAGAGUGCCAGGAAGAGAAUGAAUGGGAGGAGGGGGGGGGGUUGGGGGAGGGGGAGGGGGAGGAACCAAUUGAGGACGAUGAUGAUAUAGAGCAAGAGGAAGAGGAAGAGGAAGAGGAAGAGGAAGAGGAGGACGAUGAGGAGGAUUAUGGGGAGGAGGAUGCAGGCUCACAAGGCAGCAGCCAGUUCAUGCUUCCUGUUCCCAUUCUCGACCUGGCGGAUGGUUUCUCCCUCUCAGUCCCUUUUGGAGCCCUAAACAGCUCUCAGCUAAGCACCGGCGCUCAGUUAAGAGACAGCGGGAUAUUCAGGACUGAGGAGGACUCGUCCUUUGAUGGGUCUUUCCGGAGCCUGCUGCACAGCAGCUCUUGUAACAGCAGUAACCAGUUGGCGAGCAGCCCUGGCGAAGGUGGUAACCAUGUUACAGGAAGCCCUGAUAACAGCAGUAACUUCAUGUUUCCUGCAUCAUUAGACCAUGCCCCUUUUUCAACACCCUUGGAGCACCUUUCUGCUCCACAGAACAACUCGAGUGGUCAGAAUCCUUUGACCCAGUGUCUAGGGUUCAGGGGGAAGGGAAAACGGAGUGAAAAUGGUGUCACUGCCAGUGGUGCUGCUGCGACUGGUGCGAUUGCGACUGGUGCUGCUGCGACUGGUGCGAUUGCGACUGGUGGUGGUGGUACUCCUGCUGCUGCUGUUGCAGCUGCUGCUGCAGCUAGCAGCACUGCGUCUCUCUCCAGUUCAUCUAAUGCCAGUAGUGCCCAACCUGGUAUUACCGCACCAGCUGCUGCUGCUGCUGCUGCUUCCCCGCCUAGCCCCUCGUGUCUCAGCCCGAGGUUCGCUGCAGUGCUCAGGAACCUCAGCAGGCCCGGCAGCAGGUCCGGCAGCAGGUCCGGUACGAGCCCAGGUGGCAAGUCAGGUGAAAGUCCAGACAGGCUGAGUAAAAUAGAUGCAGCAACUAGACGCCUGAUAGAGCUUCAGGAGCACCUGAGGCGGCUCAGCAGCCAGGGGCUCAUUGCAGGCGACGAGGAAAUGGAUGGCGCUCUUGACACCCCGCCUCAGAGGCUCAUUACAGGCGACAGGGGCACGGAUGGCCCUCUUGACACACCUCAACAGCAGCAGGAUGUGAGGCGGCUGAGGAGCCAGGUGCGCAUUGCAGGCGACGAGGACAUGGACGGGCCUGUCUUUGCGCCUCAGCAGCAGGAUGUGAGUCGGCUUUGUAGCCAGGGGCGCAUUGCGGGUGAUGCGAGGCCGGACAGUGGUGACUUGAGCCAGGGGGCAGGCCGGGGGUGCAUUGCAGGUGGCGAGGGCACGGAUUGCUCUCUUGAUGUGCGUCACCAGCAGCAGCAGCUGAACCGGCUCAGCAGCCAGGGGGCGUUGCAGGAGGGGGGGGCACGGAGGGCAUGGGUGAUGCUUUUGAGGCGCCUCACGGGCAGCACCUGAAGCAGCUCAGCAGCCAGGGGCUCAUUGCAGCAAGUGAUGGGGACGGCGGUAGCAGCAGUGGCAGGAGUGGUGGGUCAGUGCGCUCCGAUGCUUGUGUGGAUGGAGAGGGGGGCACGGCUGUGCGAGGCUGUAUGGCUGGGAAUGAUCUCAUGGAUGGGGAAGGUGAUUUGGCUGAAGGGCCCUCUGCUGCUGCUGCUGCUGCCGCUGCCACUCCCUCUGCGGUUUCAGCUUGUAUCCACACCAGUGCUGAAGGCACCGGGUGUGGGCUCCAGAGGAGUCUCAGUGUGGGUGCAGAGGAGAGCAUAGCCAGUGCAACUGAAUCCGAUGAUAGCUUCUGCACAGCGGGGUGUGACAGCGUUGCGAGCGGGAGUGUCGCUGGCACUGCUGCUGCUGCUGCUGGCUGCUGGUGAUGAGGGAAAUUGCAGCAAUCAAACAACUGUACCUAUAGCUGGCUGUGGUGGGAAGGCCUUGGGUGCACGAGCAUGCAGCACCUGUGAGAUUGAGGAAGACACUACAGGUCGUGAUUGUAUUGAAGGUGACAGAAGGCGUGACAAAGGUGGAGGUGGCAGUAGUGGUGGUUCUGGGGUCCUUCCAAGAAGCAUCAGUGCUGGCAGUGCUACUGGCAGCAACAGCAUCAGCAGCAUCAGCAGCGUCAGCAGUGUCAGCAGCAUCAGCGGCACUUCAACAGCCACUGGCAGCAUCAGCAGGACCACAAGGCCUCGAGUUCCUCCCCUCUCUUCCACCCUCAUGGACUACCGCCCCCCCAGGGGACCCAGACUGCCCACGUCCCACUCCUACUCCUCUCCCUCCACACACUCUCACUCUCAUACUACCCCCGAUUCCGCACCCUCGGUACGAGCACACUCGCAUUCUACCCCCUUUUCGUCACCCUCUGUACAAUCACACUCGUUUGCCGAAGUUUCUUCUCUUCUACAGGGCUCGCCGGGGUGCAUUAGUGCUGGUAAUGUGACUCGGAAAGACGGUGAUAAAGGGGGUUCAUUGGCUAGAGUGCAGAAGAGGAAAGUGCUUGCUCUGUUGACAGGAGGGAAGGGACGUGAUGAGAGCAAAGGGAAGGGACAUGAAGGGAGAGGGAAGAAGCAUGAGGAGAAGGGGAAGGGGGAUGAGGAGAGGGGACUAGGGCAUGCGGAUAAGCCAGAAGGUUUGAAACCUUGGAGGAAGGGCAGUACCGGUAAGAACAAAUCUUAGGGUAGGUAUUGUACUAGGUAUCGUCCGCUUGUCCGGGUGUAAUUUGUCAACAUAUAAAUUUAUAUACAUGUAUAUGUAGGCUAGGCAUGUCCAUUACUCUGACUGGAUCCGUAGAGAGGACAACCCACUUCUUGUACCUCUCUCUCUUCUAGUCGACCUCUUU